CAAUCACUGGCAAGUGGCAAAGAUGGUUUUCCGACAAGCAGCGGCGAAUCUGCUAAGGAGAUUCCGUCCUCCGCCAUCAACAUUCGCAUCUGCUCCCCCACGACCUCCACCGUCCACCCUUCCGCCGCCAAUUUCACUUUCCCGCUCAUAUCAAAAUGGUGCCAGAGGUCAUCAUACCAGGCGGAUAAGUAAUUGGGAUCAUCCUCUUUGGAUUAUUCUCUCAGGACAAGCUGGUGUACUCCUUUUGGGGAUAAACGCCAACCUUGUUUUUGCUGAAGACGUACCAAUUCAAUCUGGUUCCAAUAAUGAAGUUGAAGGAUCUAACAUAGUUGGGUUGGAAAAAAUUGAGGAUGGUUCUGUGGUGUCUAAUGAACACACUGCUAAGUGGAGAAUUUUCACUGAUCUUGGGAGGGAUUUUUUUAUUAAGGGCAAACUGGAGGAAGCAGAGAAGUUUUUCCUUUCUGCAAUACAGGAAGCUAAAGAGGGAUUUGGAGAGAGGGACCCCCAUGUUGCAUCUGCAUGCAACAAUCUGGCAGAGCUCUUUAGAGUUCAAAAGGCACUUGACAAAGCAGAACCUUUAUAUUUAAGCGCUAUCUCCAUAUUGGAGGAGACAUAUGGUCCUAAUGAUAUCCGUGUAGCGUUUGCCUUUCACAACCUUGGGAAAUUCUAUCUUAUGCAACGGAAACUGGAAGAGUCUUGCAGAUGCUAUGAGCGUGCUUUAAAGAUAAAGGGACGGGUUCAGGGACUUAGCCAUGAGGACUAUGCAGAAACAAUGUAUCACCUUGGAAUGGUUAUGUAUCUUCAAGGAAAUGAAAAGGAUUCUGAGGACUUUAUUCUGGAUUCUAUUAGAAUACUGGAGGAAGGUGGCCAAGGGGAGUCAAUUACAUGCAUGAAGAGACUGCGCUAUCUUGCUCAGAUAUAUUUGAAAUCCAAUCGUCCUGCAGAUGCUGAAAAUGUAAAGAGAAAGAUACUUCAAAUUAUGGAAUUAUCAAAGGGAUGGAAUUCUUUGGACACGGUAAUUUCUGCUGAAAGUUUAGCGUUGACCCUACAAGCAGUUGGGAAUUUAAUGGAAGCACAGGAACUUCUUGAAAGAUGCCUUGAUGCCCGGAGAACCUUACUUCCCAAUGACCACAUACAGAUUGCUGCCAACAUGCUUCACAUUGCUCGGGUAACAAUGCUGAAUUCUAGUCAACUGAGGAAGAUGCAUAUUUCUGAAGCAAUUAUUCAGCUUGACAAGGCAAAGGAUCUUUUACAAAAUUCAAUGAGGAUUGCACAGGGAGUAAUAGAUAAAUUGAUGAAACAGAAAGACAAGAAGAAAAAAUAUGGAGAUCCUAAAGAAACUCAAACUAAUGGGCGUGCAGCACUGGUCAUACUGUUGCAGUCACUCCAUGCACUUGCUCUCUUGGAAAAGACCAGGCAGGAAUUACUUGAGUCAAGGGAAGAGCUCUCACUUCCUCGUGAUACUGAGAAUGCACUUCGUCAAUGCAUUGCUGCUUACAAAGAGUUCGGAACUGGGAGCUUGAUUGGUGGUUCUCCUGAAGCAAAGGCCGAGUAUCUUUCAUGUUUGAAGUAUCUUUCGAGUUUGAUAGAUACUAAGGCAACAACUUCGCUGGAGCUUAAGGAAGAAAUCAAGCGCAUUGAACUUGAGAUCUCUUCGUACAGUAAGCUCAAAAACCAACCCACCCGCUGAUUCUCAUUCUAAACAUCAUUUACGGCUAGAAAACACGGGCCUGAUACUGAACUUGACUCUAUUUUUCAUGUUGCUUUCUUUCUUUCUUCUUCUUCUUCUUCUUUUGUUAUUCAUUUAUUCUUCCCCUUCUGAAUGGCGAGAAAUUUACCCUUUUUCCGGGUAUCAGCCUUCAAUAAUAAGCUGAUUCUGAAAACCAAACACACAAUAGAAUUACUUUGGGAUACAAAUAGCAAAACUUUGUUGACUUCUUGAUCUCGUUUUGAAUGCUGUUUUGUAAAUGCCAUCAGCACCUCUACCAAAGUUUCAAACCUUUUUACAAGGGGAUCAGGCCUCAGGGAGGUGGACAGGCUUGGUUUGGAUGUGAACCUGACUCACCAUUCCAAAGGGAGAGGGAGUUGCCAUCUGCUCCACUAACGUGGUGGUCUAUGAUUGAGAAUCAACCCUACUUCACCAGCUAUAACUUAUAAGCUGUCACCAAGACUCAACCGUCCUUCACCAGCUCUCAAUCCAAGAGAGCUGAGACGCGCCGCAACUAUAACCUGGGCAUAAUCGGAAUAUU